GCACGUCAAUGUCAAAAUGACGCUUGCUAACCGUCAAGUCCGUCAACUCUGCUGCAUUCAGCGGGUCUGAUUCUAACCAAAUAAAUGGGAACUUUUUACUAUUAAAUUAUUAAGAUUUACUGUACAAAAUGACAGACAAUGGAGAUUAUUACCGCAAUCAAAUAGCUAUUGCUAGAACAGAAAUCAAGAACUUAAGGCAGCAAAUAUCGUCGCUUAAACAGGAACAUGCGAAGGAAGUAAGGUAUAUCAAGAGUCAUCUGAACACACUGCGCUGUGCGAACUGCGGCGAUAGUGCAACAACAGUUAUACCAACCCACAAUGGUGGAGACAUGUCACAGCUUGAUCCGGAAGACCUAGUUUACAAGCCUAUCGGAUUUAUUGAGACCGCAUUCCAUAAUAAACGGGGUGUUCCACGUCAACCCUCGGUGAUGGCAAAUGCUAGAGGGACAGUGGUGAUCAAUACUUCGGUGUUUAAUAAUCCAGAUCAUGCGCUGAUUGGACUGGAAGAGUUUUCUCAUAUCUGGAUACUAUUCCAUUUCCACAUGACGGAGAGUACGAAUUCACCUGCUAAAGUAGCGCCACCUAGGCUCCGUGGUGAGAGGCGAGGGGUUUUCUCAACCCGGUCGCCCCACCGUCCUUGUCCUAUUGGCCUUUCUCUUGUGAAGAUUGACAGAAUUGAAGGAAACAAAAUACAUUUCUUUGGUGUGGACAUGGUGAAUGGAACCCCAGUGUUGGAUGUAAAACCAUAUAUACCUCAGUAUGACUACCCUGUGCCUGCCUUCGGAGACAACAUGUCCGCUCUGGUACGGCCUCCGACAGAAGGAAUUAGUGAUGUAACUGAAACGCUUGCCAAUCUACCGAUUGAUGAUGAAAAUUUCGAUGCAAGAAGUCUCAGUCCGCGGAUAACUAAUCCGAUUGGUAUAGACACGGGUUCUUCUCGUUCAUUUGGAGAGCCAUCAUCAGGACAACCGAGUAAUGGUACUACACCAAUAUCACCAGCAUCAGAGUCACCAACAAGUGUAGACGUAAUUGAUGGCAAUUACCGAUCUCCUGCCACUCGAAGGUCUGACACUGAGAGAGGGGCACCUGAUGGUCAAGAAAGGUAUACCCCACCACAAUCAGCUCAUGUCACAAAUAUAACUCAUGAUGGGAUAAGGGUAGCGCCAUGGAUUGCAAAUCCCCCAGCACAGACUUACGACGUUAGAUUCACUGAUGAUGCCCUCACACGGUUGAAUGAAUUGAUCGGGGACAGAGCGCAGGGCUUCAAAGCUAAUUUGGAAUGCUUGCUCUCUGAAGAUCCAAGGUCUCAAUACGUAAGGAAUAGGUACCCAGGUCAUGAGUACAGUUGCGUACUUGAAGAUAUUUCGAUUAGCUGUAUCUUCGACGCCAGUUCCUCUGUGUGUACGAUCAUCGCAAUACGUAACGCAGAAGAUUUACAAACUUGAAUUAUUGCAUAAUAUUUUUACAAGCACACAAAAUAAGUCAUCGGCACCAUGUUUUUGUUAAAGAUUUUAUUAUUACUAUUGUGAAAAGGUAAAAAUAUUAAAUCAUAUUGAAUUUA